AUGCAAGCAUUCGAACAAGGAUUAUUAAGCUUUGAUUCAUUGAAAGAUGAUGAUAUUUUUGAAAUUCAACAUCGGCAUUUGUUACAAUGUUUAGAAAAAGCUACCGAAAGAGAACUAAUUGAAAGAGAUAUUGUAUCCAGUGACAACUUAAGAACAACUCCACCAAUCAGUCCGUCCACAUCCCAAGGUUUGUUGCCACCAGAUAGCAAUGGACAUUCACGAUGGUUCGAUUGUUGCAAUUCGUGUUAUCGAAAUUCGCCUGAUACUGGGUCCAUCAACAGAUCAGCAAAGACAAGCAGGAAAGAAUCAUUUUAUGAACCCAAUAAAAGUGAUCACAAAUGGCGAUCGGCGGAUGGACAACAGGAACAACAACAGCAACACCAAAUGGAUCAACGGAAACUGGGAAAUGCCCUUGAAGCAAACCGUCUUUUUAGCACAUCAGCAUUAUGAUUGUGCGAAGCAUCUUGGUACGAUGAUUAUUAUCGAUCAAGAAGUCAGUGUACAAAUGCACCAGACGUACGCUAAGAUAAUGACACGAAAUUUUUCGCCAUAGUACGGAUGGAUGAAUCUGAUAGACGGGUAUGCGGUCAAGAGGACCAAUCCGAGUUAAAACUUGCCGCCUCACUUGAUUGUUCUUGGUGAAAAAAUGAUCCUUCCUUAUUUAUAAACUGGAAAUACUGUUUCUCUUAUGAAAAUGAUUGACAAAUACAUCUC